AUGCGGCGCCGCAACGCUGCGUACGCCGCCAAAGAAGCAGCCCGAGAGAAGGCGCGCCGCGCUGCUGCCACCGCCGCGCAAGCCGCGGCAGCCACUGCAGGCUGCCCGAAGCGCCAAGAGGCGAGCUGCUAUCACCGCCGCGCAAGCCGCGGCAGCUACUGCAGGCGAGCAGCUGCUCCUGCAGCGACCACUGCCGGCGACGCCACGCCGCUGGACUUCAUUGAACGACUACAUUCUGAAUCUGGAUACCAGGUGUCACGACAUUCCAGACAGCUCCGCCAUCGGGACGCCGCGACGGCGCCACCUUCUGACGACGCCCUCUUCGACCAGAUAGCCAACGACGUUCGCACUUUCUGUACCGUUACGGCCGAUGACCAACGCAGAAUGGUCCGAGCUUACUCCGCGAAGAUGGAUCAUGCCGCUCCUCUCCCUGGAUGCGGUUCCUGCGGUCGCCGCGACCCUGCGUUCCCUGCCACGGAGCGCGUUCGGCUCGAAAACUUGCCUCCCGACCAUUGGCUCUUCCUCACGCCUGACGAAUGCAGAGACCUGGACGCCAUGCCUGCGGUGACUUUCUGCGAGGCUGACGGCUCCACGCGCACCGUCGAAACCAAAAGCAUCCGCAGCUAUGUCUCCAUCGGCGCCUCCGCGAGGCUGCACCUGCACCCGGAGCUCACGCGCACCAUGCCGGACGGUGGCCACGAAACGUUUCUAUGCGAGAGUUGCGCGCGGCCGCUGUCGGAUCCGGCUGAAGCCCUUGCCCUCGCAGACGUGCGCCUCUACAGCCUCGUGGCCAAAAUACAUGUCCCUGGACAGCGCUCCAGCGCAGCAUCUAGGUCUGUCCUCAAGGGCCACAUGAUCGCAUUCGUCCACGACGGGCCCACCGCCAUCGAAGCCCAGUUCAACGCCGCCCGACUCCGCAACGUACUGGAGCACAUCCAGGUGGUCUACGUCGGCAACACCGACCGAGUCACCAACCUCGAACGCCACGCUCUUUCCAUGAAGAGCGUGCAGAUGCGACCCCAUGUACUCUACAACCACCUCUCGCUACGCCGCGCCCUCGGACACGUGGCCUCCACAGACGCAUCCCCUCCGAUUGCGGACAUCGCAGCCUUGCUGGCUGACUGGUCUGCUUCUCUGUCAGCUCGCUCCCGUCACGCGGACACAGACGACGUAGAAGAGGCCAUCCGGCCAUCGGAUAUCGCCAACGUCAGGGACGUCUCCAUGGACGACCUCCACCAGGACGCCUCCACUCUUCCACCGAACCUGCGCGUUCAUUCUUCGUUGGCCGCCCGAUUUCUGCCCCUGGCCCUGCACAAUGGGCCCCGAAGCGUGCACGCGCAGAUUCAGUGGAAUCGUGAUCCACAGGAUACCGUCCUCGGACAACCUACCGAGCCCCAGGGCGACAUUCACGCAGAGGCCACGCUGUCCUUGGACCCAGUUGGCGUCUUCUUACAAUCCAGCGACGCCGUGGCUGGCAGUAUCUUUGAUGGUCUCGUAGACACCCUUCGAGCGUCCAGCCGCGCCGACCCCGAGGACAUCCACGACGAACGCCAAGAGCAACCGGAUCCUCUGCCGGCGGUGGCAUGCGGGCGCGCCGUGGACGGGGUGGCGGACGUGCUUCGGGAGUAUGGCUUCCACGCCGGCAACGCCGCCAAGGCGCUGCGCGACAUGAUCGGUCACGGCGUCAAGGAUGCCGACCCGGACGACGCCGAGCAUGUCAAGGCGCUCCUCAGCAACCCGGUCAUCUUCAAGCACGCGUGCCAGGAGCAGUUCCACAGCUUUGACGUCAACGGCGACGGCGUGCUGCAGCUCAGCGAGGUCGUCGAGCUCACGUCGUCCCUGUACCGCGGGUUCGGCCUCGACCCCCCCUCGCUGGGCAGUGUCCAAGCGUUCAUCCACGCCAUGGACGCGAACAACGACGGGGUUCUGGACGAGCGGGAGUUCCGCCGCUUCUUCGAGAUCUUCCUGAGGUACGCGUUCUUCGACGUCGUGAAGCUGCGGGAGCUGGUGGAGCGCGGCGUGGCCCAGCAGAACAGCCGCAAGGAACGCACGGCUGCGGAGCCGGCAGCGCUGCUGGUGCAGGCAGCCCCCGCGCGCUCGGCGCCGAGCCCCGGCUCGCCGAAGCGGCAGCCAGGGGCGCCCAAGCCCCGCUCCCGCGCGGCGUCGGCGCGCCGCGACGGGGGCCGGGGCGCCGGGGCGCCGCCGAGGUGCGAGCCGCUGGAUCUCCCCGAGGAGGAACCGCAGACCGUGCGCAGCGCAGUCAGCGCGGGGCACCGUCGCGGCACGACCGCGCCGACAUUCCGGUGCAUUGCGCCCGACGGCGUUGCUUUCAGGCCUUCGCCGGAUGCCGCCAGCGGCGAGGAGGUCGCCAGCGCCCUCGAGGUGCCCGCGGGUGGCACCGUGCAGGCGCUGGAAGUGUGGAUCCGUACGCCGUGCGGCUGGCUCCCGGUGAUGGACGAGAGCGGCGGCGCCCUGUUCCAGCGGCGGUCGUCGGGUAGGGCGAGGCCCCCGCCCUCGGAGCUGCCGCCUGCGCCGCCCGCCGCCGGGAGGCUCUCGGCGGAGGCCCGGCCGCCGCCCAAGGUCAGCUUCGAGCGCGGGUGCACGCCCGUCGGGCUGGGCGCGGCCCUGGCGCCGCACGAGGAGGCCUGGGGCCCCGUCGUGGAGCGCCUCUGCGCGCGCUUCCCCGACGCGGGGCGGGUCUGGGUCCUGCAGGCCCUGCGGGACAGCGGCGGCCACGCCGGCAAGGCAGCGGCCGCGCUGCGCGAGCUGUGA